AUGUUGACAACCUCUACACCCAUUAGCAGCGGCGGCACGAACAAAACAAAAGAGGUUAGUAAUUCAAAUCCUCACAUUAAUCCCGUUGUUGUUAGGACCGCUAACGAUGCAUGCUUCACACCAAUAAAAGUACCGGAUAACACAGAAACUUUUAUGGCCAUAGAUCAGUCAUGCGAGAAAACGUUACACCAUGAUUUGGUGCCAUUGCCAAAAUCCAUCAAUCACUCACAAGAGGAAUUAACCCUGACAAAGGUAGUUUUCCCUGUUAGGAACAAUAGUGUACAGUCGAAAAUAGGCGAGCUUUCCCAUACGGGAAGCCGUACAAAUCCUAUUCAAAAAGAACAAAGCUGUCAUUAUAAUGUUCCUGGUAGGCAAUCUUGCUCUAGUUAUUUACAUGAUCGUGGUCAACAAUUUCGAAGCAUUCCAGUACGUAUCACUCACCGUCCACUGCCAGUGAACCCAGAGAAAGUAAAUAAACAUAGACGUGCGUACCGGAGUCAGGUUUUUCGACAUCGACAUCAGACGGACUGGCUCAGGCAUCUGGAGCUGGUCCGCAAAGUAAUUCGGUCAUAA